UCUUCCAGUCGCUCCACAGGUCGCGGCCGCCGACUGCGUUGGAGAAAAAAUAUAUUGGGUUGAGCGCGCGUCGUCGACGAGGCGAACGACCGAACGACACGGCGCGCUCUCGCAACCUUGCGUCGGUCCCCCGUGCCCGGAAGGGAAGCGCUAUAUCGGACGCCGCGCGUGCGCCGUCGGCGUCCGGGUCGAAUUCAAUUUUGGGCGCCUCGUAGCCGUCGUCGUCCGCGGCGCAGAGCGCACUGCUCGUCGGCGCGAGCACGCCCACCAUCGGUGCGCGCGCGACUCCACGACGCAUGCCAGCCCGUGACGUAGGUGCUUGGAGAGCGGCAGCCGUGGUCACCAGGAGGGCGAAGCACAACGAGGACUGCAUCAUUUACGAUAAAUGGCACUCGAAAACAGAAUCUUUGUGCAGCAGAUGCGCUGCUGGCGUUUUUGCGCUGUGCUUUCUAGUGUCUUACACUCCGCUAGCCUUGGGAGAGCGUGCCCGUUUUUUUGCCCACACGUGCUGCCAAUAAGCACAGCUGCAACCGAGCAAACACCAAAGGCCGCCAUCAAUCGCCGCCGCAACCACCAGCCCGCAAAGAUGCAAUCAGCAAGGCUAUUGCUAAGCAUUGCCUCUGGUGCUGCAGCCUUCAGCGCCCUAAACGCCGGCAGCAAUCGUCAAUUAGCUCUAAACGCCGGCAGCAAUCGUCAAUUAGCUCUAAAGGGCGCCAUUGCGGACUUCUGCGAGCGCACGUUCGAGAUUGAUGUCGAUGAGGCAUCGGACAUCGAGGCACGCGUGGUCGCCGCGUCGCCGCGCGCGACGCGCCAGACCUACCAGUACGCAGUCAAGGAUCCGGAGGCCGACGACGACGAUAAAGAGAACCUGGAAGCAAGAUACGCCGAGGUGACCUCAGAGUUUGAAAACCGAUGCGACGGGCUCCGAAGCCUAGGCCUCGGGGAUGCGGAGAUCAAGCGAAUAGCGAGGCGCGUGCCCGAGGUCCUGAGCUACUCCGCGGCGCGCGUGAGAGCGGCCGCAGAUGCUUUACAAAAGAAUCUAGCCCUCGACGACGUGACGCUGAGAAAGAAAGUGAUCCUGCGCCUGCCGCAAGCGCUAGGCCUGCGCUACGACCUCGACGUGGCGCCGACGUUUGACAUGCUUCGGAGCGACUACGACUUCGCCGACGGCGACCUUCGCACGCUGGUCCUCGGCGCGCCGCAGCUCCUCGGCCUCGACGCGGCAACGGUCGCGGCGCAAUUCGCCGCACUCGAGGCGUCCCUCGGGUCGCGCGCCGCGGCGAAGGCCGAGGCCCUGCGCAAGCCGGCGGCGCUCGAGCUUGAAGUAAGGGGGUCGAAGCGCGGGAGCGUCGUCGUGUAG